GUAUGCUUCAAUUCAGACCGCUUUUUAAUAGUAUAAAGAAAAUGUCGACCACAAGCAACGCUAAAGAGGCCAUAAAGGAAGCUUUGCAAUCAGCAGAAUCUCAAACAAGCAACUCGAACAUAGGAGAGGCUUCUAAAAAAGCUGGUACAAAGAUCAGUAAGAAAAAUGCCAAAAAGGCAGCUGACUCAAGCCAGUUUGUGUUGAAAGUACCAAAGGGUACUAAAGACUGGGCUGAUCAAGAUAUGGUGAUCAGAGAAGGUAUUUUUGGUUCUUUAAGUUCCAUGUUCAAGAGACAUGGAGGUGUGACAAUUGACACUCCAGUUUUCGAAUUGAGAGAGAUUUUGACUGGAAAGUAUGGGGAAGAUUCUAAAUUGAUCUACAAUUUAGAAGAUCAAGGUGGUGAAUUGACAUCUUUACGUUACGAUUUGACAGUUCCAUUUGCUAGAUUCGUGGCUGCAAACAACAUUACCAGCAUUAAGAGAUACCACAUUGCUAAAGUCUACAGAAGGGACCAACCUGCCAUGACUAAAGGAAGAAUGAGAGAGUUCUAUCAGUGUGAUUUCGAUAUUGCUGGAAACUACGACUUGAUGGUACCAGACUCAGAGAUUUUGAAUAUUCUUGUUGAAGGAUUAAGCGGUUUGGGAAUCAAGGACUUCAAAAUUAAAUUGAAUCACAGAAAGAUUUUGGAUGGAAUUUUCCAGAGUUGUGGUGUGAAGGAUGAAGACGUGAGAAGAAUAAGUAGUGCAGUCGAUAAGUUAGACAAAGCUCCCUGGGAAGCCGUUAAAAAGGAAAUGAUUGAAGAGAAGAACCAAUCGGAAGAUGUAGCUAAUAGAAUUGGUGAGUUCGUGAAGUUAAAAGGUACCAUCAGAGAAGUUUUGAAUCUUUUGGAGAAGAGUGAGAUUUUAGCGUCGAACGAAAGUGCCCAGACUGGUAUCAAAGAAAUGUCUGUGUUAGCAGACUACGUUGAUGCUUUUGAUAUCAAUGACCGCAUUUCCUUCGACUUGUCUUUGGCCAGAGGAUUGGAUUACUAUACUGGUUUGAUUUAUGAAGCUGUUACGGGUGCCUCUGCUCCCCCCAAAAAUGCCGUUGAAUUGAAGGCUAAGGCUAAGGGAAAAGAAGAUGAAGAUGCUUCAGAGUAUGUUGGUGUUGGUUCUAUUGCUGCUGGUGGAAGAUACGAUGGUUUAGUGGGGAUGUUUUCCAACGGAAAGUCUAUUCCAUGUGUUGGAAUCUCAUUCGGAGUCGAAAGAUUAUUUUCUAUCAUCAAGACCAGAAUUGCAAAGCAGUUGGUGAACCAGAGUGCUUCACAGACUCAAGUAUACGUCAUGGCUUUUGGGGGUGGUGAAGGCUGGAACGGGUUCUUGAAAGAAAGAAUGUCAGUUUCCAAACAAUUAUGGGAUAAUGACAUCAACUGCGAAUAUUUAUACAAGGCCAAAGCCAAUAUCCGGAAACAAUUCGACGCUGCUGAAAAGUCUGGUGCAUCAGUAGCGGUGAUAUUGGGUAAAGAAGAGUUCCCAGCAGGUAAAUUAAGAAUCAAAUUAUUGAACCAAGGAAAUGAUAGUGAUGAAGGUGAGUUAAUUGAAGCAGGAACCUUGGUUGACUACGUGAAGGAGAAAUUAGAUGCUUUAAACAAAGAUGGAAUGGAUGAAAUCACCAGAUUGAUCAAAGGUUUAUAAACCUCUCUACUUGUUUAUAAAGUUUCAUAUUCUUGUCUUAUAGAUUCAAAUAUUUAGGAGUUUACGUCUAAACGGC